CGCAUUCAAGAUGGCGACCGCAAGCCCCGUGUCGUUCCUCGACAGCCUUCCCCGGCCCACCCUCGACCGCCCGUUCGGCAUCCAUCUAUGGCCCAUCUUCAGCAAGGCUUUUGAGGCCGUCGUCGGCUACCCUGCCGAAGACUUCAGAUUCGUCCCCGGCCAGACGCCCAUGUCCACUCUCAAGGAGACCAGCAUCUUCAUCGUCAUCUACUACACCAUCAUUUUCGGCGGUCGCGAGCUCAUGCGCAACCGCGAGCCCUUCAAGCUGCGCACGCUUUUCCUGAUCCACAACUUCUACCUGACCGCCAUCAGCGCUAUCCUCCUGGCUCUCUUCAUUGAGCAGCUUCUCCCCAUUGUCGUUCGCGGCGGCAUCUUCCAUGCCAUCUGCCACAUCGACGGCGGCUGGACUCAGCCCCUGGUUGUCCUCUACUACUUGAACUACCUUACCAAGUACCUCGAGCUCCUGGACACCUGCUUCUUGUUCCUCAAGAAGAAGCCUCUCACUUUCCUCCACUGCUACCACCAUGGCGCCACUGCUCUUCUCUGCUACACCCAGCUGAUCGGCUCUACCUCCGUCUCCUGGGUUCCCAUUACCCUUAAUUUGACUGUUCACGUCGUCAUGUACUGGUACUACUUCCAGAGCGCGCGCGGCAUCCGCAUCUGGUGGAAGGAGUGGAUCACCCGUCUCCAGAUCAUUCAGUUCAUCAUUGACCUGGGCUUUGUCUACUUCGCCUCUUACACCUAUUUCACAUCGACCUACUUUUCGUGGAUGCCCAAUGCUGGCAAGUGCGCUGGCGAGGAGUUUGCUGCCUUCUCCGGCAUUGGUAUCCUCAGCUCUUACCUUGUCCUCUUCAUCUCCUUCUACUUUGCCACCUACAAGAAGGACGGAAAGCGCCCCACUGGUCGCAAGUCUCUCCGCAGAAUGUCCCAGGCCCCGUUGCCCGACCCUAAGGAUAUCGUCAGCGCCAAGGCUUCUGGCGCUCGCCCCAGUGGCGCCGCUACUGCCCGUUCUCGCAAGGCUUAAAUCGUUGGCUAGAUUGCGCAGUUACCGAUCCCUCAUGGAUUGACUUUACCAGAACGCUGUAAAAUGCAUUCCUGGCUCCAGAUUCGUCCACAGACAGCCAUUGCUGGCUAAGGGUUUACCGCUCGUGGCGAAUUUAUGACGACGAGGAUGCCGUGCCCAUGAAGGUACAGGGCCCCAGAUUACCUACCGGCGGACGCCUUCGGUACGAUUCACCUCGACUAAAGAUAUUGUAAUGAUGACAUCUCGAUUCAUUCACGGGAGUUAUGAACGGGGGAACAAAAACAAGAGACGACAUGGCUCGGAAAACUAAUGACGAUGUAUACUUGGGGCAACAGGCUGCAACCGAUGGCAAGAUAUCGGCUUUGUGGCUGGCACGGGUUAGAGGAAUGCGUUUAUCUCAUGACACUAAUGGGCGGACAAAAAGAUCAUGUAUGACUGGGUUUCUUUUUGGUUGGCAACUAUUCUUUCCCCCCUUCUUUAGACGAGAGCAGCUUGGGUGGGGACCACUGGAUAUUCUCAACCGGUUCGUCAACUGGGUAGUUUGGGUUGCUCUUGGGCUUUGGGGGCGGGUGAUGAUGGAUGGGCUUUGGAGAGUUCGACUCGACACGCGUAUGGGUCGUCCGACUUCUUCCUCUACUUCUACUCUUUUCUUCCGCUGUCUUAUACUUUUCUUCAUCUUGUAAUUCCUUUCCCCAUGUAUUAUGCACGCGCGGACGGAGGAAGCAAGCCCAUGGACGAGCCGGAUCAACAAGCCCAGAUAGAAACAUGCGGAGCAUACGGACCUCAAACCUACAUAGCAAACAUAAUGUUAUUGUUAUUGUACAACAAAA